CUGAAAAAAAAAAAUACAACUCACUGCAGCACAAUAUGAAUUUAUGUUUGCUUGAACACUCAGUUUCGUUACAAACAAAAUUUCCAUUGCUAGAUUUCAGGAAUCAUUUGAAAGCUGCAGAAUAUCCAAGUAAAAUACAUCAUCUACGAUAGGUUGUCUUAGUUGACUAACUGACGAUAUAUUUCAUUACUUUCUUACCUUGACCUAUAAAUACGUACGCCGGUACAAUUAAUGCAGACUUGUUCGUCGUUUCUCUCUAACCCACCUGUAACUUGAAUGAACUCCAUUUCUUUUCUCCAAAAAACAGAGACCACUUCACAUUACAAAGUAUAAUUACUUAAACACUAGAAUACUUUCACACAUUAUCUCAAAGAUUUGAAGAGAAUGUAAUUAAAACAUGGGCAAUAAAUAAUUUUUUUUUUUAAACCAACUCAGUCUCCUACAAUAAAAAUUAAUUAACUACAAGACUAUUUUUAUGUAAUGAAAGUUAAAUCUAGAAGCAUGGAUAAUUGCUGACCACACUGAAUGAAGGGUACAUGGGAGAGAGGCAGGUGGAGAGUCUGCUGGAGACAUCGAAAUUUGAGGAUAAUAAACAAUGCAUAAAUUUUCUAGACUGUUCUAGACCUCCUGUUUACAUUGAAUUUGUAUUGAAACGAUACGCUCCACUUCAUUUCACGUAAAUACAGGACGAACAGGAGACAUUGACUAGACACAGAAUCUGCGACAAGGAAGGUGCAUUCAAAAUAAAGUUGAAAUACGACGGAGUUUUAAAGACGAAAUUUUAACAAAGGAUCCUUGUGCCAAGAGCGAAAAAUCAUGGGGGAUAAAAGUACAGCGUAUUAUAACUUCAAGGCUAACUACAACCUCCACGCGGAGAGCGGUUUGAGUGGGGGUGACAUUGGAGUGGUCGUUGCAUAUUUCAUCGUCAUUGUCAUCGUCGGUGUGUUCGCAAUGUACAAGGCAAACAGACAGACAGUCGGGGGUUACUUCCUGGCAGGGAGGUCCAUGCUGUGGUUACCUGUUGGUGCCUCGCUGUUUGUAAGUAACAUUGGAACGGAGCACUUCAUAGGAUUGGCCGGAUCUGGAGCCGGAAAUGGAAUCAGCGUCGGUGCUUGGGAAUUCAAUGCAAUAUUGCUGCUUCAAUUACUGGGUUGGAUUUUCAUACCUGUGUACAUAGCUUGUGGGACGUACACGAUGCCUCAGUAUUUGUCCAAGCGAUUUGGCGGGAAGCGGCUCCGGGUCUACUUCGCAGUCCUUUCGCUUAUUCUUUACAUAUUUACGAAAUGUUCGGGAGAUCUUUUUACCGGCGCACUUUUUAUUCAACAGUCAUUAAGAUGGGACUUGUACCUCUGUAUCUUCAUUCUCGUUUUUAUCACAGGCCUGAUGACUAUAACAGGUGGCCUUACUGCGGUCAUCUACACUGAUACCAUGCAAGCCUUCCUAAUGGUAGGAGGUGGACUGACUCUCAUGGGACUAGCUUUUAAGGAUGUUGGUGGGUAUGAUGGCUUAGUCAAAGGAUAUGAACAAGCUAUGACGAACGAAUCAUUUCGAAUUCCUAAUGCUACCUGCCACCUACCGGACAAAAACGCUUUCCGGAUGUUGAGAGAAGCAGACGAUGACUAUAUGCCAUGGGCGGGGUUCUUGCUGGGUCAGACACCGGGAUCUAUAUGGUACUGGUGUGCAGAUCAGGUUAUUGUUCAAAGGUUACUUGCUGCAAAAAGCAUUUCUCACGCCAAAGGAGCUACACUGAUGGCGGGAUUCAUCAAAAUUCUGCCCCUGUUUAUGAUGGUAAUGCCUGGCAUGAUCAGCAGAAUCAAAUACCCAGAUGAAGUUGCUUGUGUUGACAAAGACAUCUGUUACGAAGUUUGCCAAUCGUAUGCUGGAUGUACAAAUAUUGCCUAUCCCAGGCUGGUUCUAGGAAUCAUGCCUGAAGGUUUGCGAGGAUUAAUGAUGGCGGUGAUGAUUGCGGCAUUAAUGAGUGAUCUGGAUUCCAUUUUUAACAGCGCCUCUACUCUCUUCACUAUCGACAUCUACAAAAGAAUCCGCAAAAGUGCGAGUGUCAGGGAACUCAUGAUAGUAGGAAGAAUUUUUAUCGUUGUGAUGAUUGGGGUGUCUAUUGCUUGGGUUCCCAUCCUGAAGGAGACACAAGGAGGACAAGUGUUUAUCUAUAUCCAAGAAAUAACAAACUACCUUGCACCGCCGUUCGCUGCUGUUUUCUUAUUGGCAGUGCUAGUUCCAAUGGUCAAUGAAAAGGGGGCCUUCUGGUCUUUAAUGAUUGCUCUGGUAGCGGGUGUUACUAGGAUGAUACUCGUGUAUGUCUACGAUGAUAGCGGCGACUGUCUCAACCCCGACAACCGUCCAGCAAUAUUGAAAAACUUCCACUACAUGUAUUUCUCUUUGUUUAUAACACUCAUGACGGCAACUUUUGCUAUUGCCAUCAGUUACUUUACUGGAAGACCAACGGAAGAGCAGCUCUUUCGAACCACAUUUUGGACGAGGCACGCCAAACUUAAAGAUGGAGGUCAAGUUCAUGAUAUGGAUGGCUUUGACAAUAUCGGAUUGUCUAUGCCCGAUUUGAAUGAUUCGCGUGUUAUUAAUGGGAAAAACGGUCUUCAGGUCUGUUCUGCUGAAAACCUGGACUUGAAGAAGUACAGAGACCCGGAAUUAGAUAAGCAGCAAAAGGAACAAGAUAAAGAUGAAAGCUCCUGCAAGGCGUUGCUUUUGAAAUAUCUAUGCGGAGCAGGAAAUCAAAGCGAAGAAGAAGACGAGGAACUCAAAAAACAUAUGGCAAAGGUGGCAGAACUCAAACAAGACAAAGUCGCCCGCAUCUGUCUGAACAUUGGUCUGGUCCUCAUACUGAGUAUUGGGGCGUUUCUUUAUUUCUUCUGGUCCUUUUGGAGGUACGAACCUCAAUAAUGAUACAUUCGUACUAAAAGAAGAACUUUCAGACAUCUGUUCGACCCAUGCCGGAUUACAGACAAUUUGCCAUUUGUACAUACCUUCAAUCUACAUGUACCAGAAUGUGGAGUGACUGUAGUAGUAGUAUUCGGCUAGUGUUAGUUAUCUGCAUAAUAUUUGUUAACUCUUUCCAUACAUAACACCUUUUGUUUCAUCUGUGAUAACCAGAUUUAGCGAUAUUUUAAUAAAUAGUCUUUUCAUAUACCCUUAUUUUGUUUUACAAAUGACCUUUAUAGAUACUUCUAUCCGACAAGUCAUGCUUCUUAUUAGAUAAAGUGUGAUGAAAUCGCAUUAGUGAAAUAAAGAGUAUCCUAUCGUUAUUAUUGAUGCAAGUGAUUUGAUAGUAUAUAGUAAAACAAAGUUCUACGACAUGACUUUAUUGAAUAUACCAGCACAAACACACUGUACAAUACCAAAAGAAGAUGAAGAAAAAUAUGUAUGUAUAUAUAUAUCAUAAAAAGGAUUCAGAAAAAAAUACAUCAACCUAUUAUUUCAAAGCAAAAUCUUUCUGGGCUCAUCUUGACUGGAUUGAAGUACAAUAAAAAGGUAAAAUUAGGGUAUAUUUCAAGAGGUAGACUCAUCUCUCUCCAGAACCGAAAUGAGAAAUGCUAUAAACUGAAAUAUUGUCUAUUAUUUAUUGCCCCUCUUUUUAUAUGUGUGUACAGCAAAUGAACCGAAACUCCUCAUACUGAUCCAUACUCAAAUGAAAAGUGCUAUCGAAAACGUAGCAUCAAAAUGCUAUUUAAAAUAAGAGCGACGAGUUCAUUCGAUAACUGUAGCUGUUGAAAAAGCCGGUUUCUUUGUUCAGCCUUGAGCUUGGAGUCUGUUGGCUCCACGACCACCUCUCUGUUGCAAAUUUUGAAUGUUUCUAAGAGCACUAAGCACACGUCUUUGCAAAAUUUUGCUGUAUGGAUUAACGUACAGUUGGCAUAGAAGUCCUCGAUCACCUGUAAUAAAAAAACAACAACAAGAAUUAGAAUCAUUUUAUAAAGAGUUGAACUGUUAGUGAUUGAUCACAUGCUUUUAAUGUCAAAGGUCCGUUUUUUAUCAAAAAAGAGAAAGAAAC